GUUUUUGUUUUUCUUCAAACGGAGGGUUUUCCUUUUGAUACUGAGCUUGAUGGCUUCACCGAAAAAGUUACUGUUCGUACCCUUCAUAAUCAUGGUUGCCCUUGUAAGGACUGUUAUUGGGGCUGA